AUGAAACUAAUAAACUCAAUUAUCAUAUUGUUUACACUGUUUUGUUACUCUUUGGCUUCCAUAUCUAUUAAGGACACCAAAAUAAGUUUCUCUAAAUAUUCAGAUCUCGAACCCAUCAAAUUAGGUGAUUUUGAUUCUAAACAUGCCUUAAAGGAAUCGGCCCCAAUUCUCAUUGACAGAUUAAAUGAAACUAUCUCUUUAAGCUUUAAACUGAAUCAAGAAUCUGCAAAUCAAUUGGCUCUAUUAGUUGGUAACGAUAAGACCGAAUCUUAUAUCUCAUUAGAACCAAAGAAAUCAAAAAAGUCAAAUAAAGAUAAUAUUAUUAUUUUCAGAUUAAAAAUUAGUAAUUUGCCAAAUUCAUUAUUGGAAUCUUCGAUCUUAUCAAAUGAAAAGUUAUCUUUACAUUUAAUUAUAGCUAAUGGUUCAAAAGAUAAAUUAUUCAACAAGAUCACUGAAUUAGAUUUAUCAAAUAUUGUUGGUUACGAGCCAAUUGAAAAUGAAUUUAAAUUUAGAAAGGAACUUUCUCAUACGUUCCCUGAAGAUCACAAGACUGUCGCUCCAUUUAUUGCACAACUAUUCAUGCUAGCUACAGUCUUUACCGUACUAUGUUUAUUCUUCUCAUGGUUCAACUUCAACGCUAUUUCUUUUGAGAAUCUUUCACAAGUCAGCACACUGUACUUUGCCAUCUUUAUUGGAUCAAUUGUCUCCACUGAAUACGUCUUCACAAUGUACUACAUCGGUAGCUCAAUUUUUACCACUUUACAUUAUAUGUUCUACGUUGCUAUAGUUGGUAUAUUAUUUGGUACAAAAUUUUUAAGAACCUCUAAAUCAAUUGUUUAA